AGCGAAAACCCUUGCAAAAACCUCACAAGCAGGCAGGUAAAGCUGAAGCCUCGUCCAACAUUUUGGUGUUUAAAAAAAUGCGAUAUGUUUCUCCGAAUUUGCGCCUCCUCUUCUCUCCUCCUUUAAGACCCACUCUUUCUGUCCCUCUCUUCAUCUCUAAACCCAAUCCAAAACCCUUCUCCUUCUCCACUAUCCUCGCUUCUUCUUCCUCAAAACGACCACGUUCCUUUUCCAAUCUUUCCAGAAGAAGUAACAGCACUUUCAAAGACCGUAAAGGUGGAGGCAGAGAUAUGACUAUGGAGGAAACAACUGGGCAGUCAAAGGACUCUUCUUCUUCUUUUGGGCUUAAUAAAAGAAGGGCUGAAGGUCGAGAUAAGAGUGAUAGGCCUAAAAAGAAUCCCCAGUUAAAAGAACGCAAGCUUAAUCCUACUAAUACUAUUGCAUAUGUACAGAUUUUGGGGACUGGAAUGGAUACACAAGACACAUCGCCUUCAGUCUUGCUCUUCUUUGACAAACAAAGAUUUAUUUUUAAUGCCGGAGAGGGAUUACAAAGAUUUUGCACUGAGCAUAAAGUAAAGUUAUCAAAGAUAGAUCACAUAUUUCUCUCACGGGUCUGCUCAGAAACAGCGGGUGGACUUCCAGGUUUGCUGCUUACUUUGGCUGGCAUGGGUGAAGAAGGGUACAGUGUCAAAAUCUGGGGACCUUCAGAUCUCAAUUUUUUAGUUGGUGCAAUGAAAUCUUUCAUUCCACAUGCAACUAUGGUUCACACUCAGAGCUUUGGACAGUCUCCCAUUUCUGAUGCUGCUGAAAAUGUGACUGCUCCAAUUAAAGCUUCAGAUCCUAUUGUUCUUGUCAAAGAUGAGGUUGUCAAAAUAUCAGCAAUUCUCCUACAACCUCAUUGCUUACAACAGUCCCAAAUAAAGCCUGGUGAAAUGUCUGUCUUAUAUAUUUGUGAAUUGCCCGAGCUUAUGGGAAAAUUUGACCCUAAAAAGGCUGCAGCUCUUGGCCUGAAAGCCGGGCCAAAGUAUAGCGAGCUACAGCAUGGUAAAUCAGUGAAGUCAGACCGCCUAGACAUCAUGGUUCAUCCAGCUGAUGUAAUGGAUCCUCCUGUUCCUGGUCCCAUUGUCAUCCUGGUUGACUGUCCCACAGAAUCUCAUCUACAGGAAUUGUUAUCCAUAGAAUGCCUCAAUGGAUAUUAUACAGAUGUAUCAAGUCACCUAACAGAGAGUACUAAGAUGGUAAACUGUGUCAUUCAUUUAAGUCCUGCUUCUGUUGUAAGCAGUCCCAACUACCAGAAGUGGAUGAAGAAAUUUGGUUCAGCGCAGCAUAUUAUGGCUGGACAUGGAAAGAAGACUCUUGAGGUUCCAAUUCUAAAAUCAAGUGCAAGAGUUACAUCACGACUUAAUUACUUAUGCCCACAGUUCUUUCCAGCUUCAGGUUUCUUGUCUCUUCAGCACCUUAAUUACUCAACAUCAGAUGAUAUUAGUUCAAGUGAGGGUCCCACUUUGAAGAUCUGUGAAAGUAUUCCUGCUGAAAAUCUCUUAAAGUUCACAUUGCGCCCUUAUGCUCAACUGGGACUGGACAGAUCACAUAUUCCAACUCCAAUGGGUCAGUCUCAAGUAGUUGAUGAGCUUCAUUUAGAAAUUCCAGAGAUUGCUGAUGCUGCACAACAUGUCAGAGAGUUUUGGCAGGAGCUUAAAGAAAGUAGAGAGGUAUUACCUACUUCAAAUGAUAAUGGUGUUAUGAUUGAAGAACCAUGGUUGACGGAAGAUACCCUGCCUGGUUGUUUGGAGAACAUAAGGAGAGAUGACCUUGAAAUUGUUCUUCUUGGUACGGGUUCAUCUCAGCCUUCUAAGUAUCGUAAUGUUAGCUCUGUCUAUAUCAAUCUUUUCUCCAAAGGAAGCUUGCUCUUGGAUUGCGGAGAAGGGACCCUUGGCCAACUGAAAAGAAGAUAUGGUGUAGAUGGUGCAGACAAGGCUAUUAGAAAUCUAAAAUGUGUUUGGAUCUCUCAUAUUCAUGCUGAUCACCACACGGGUUUGGCGAGAGUGCUUGCUUUGAGACGUGGUUUAUUGAAAGGAGUGCCUCACGAACCAUUACUGGUUAUAGGACCGAGACAGCUUAAGCGAUAUUUAGAUGCAUAUCAAAGACUUGAAGAUCUUGAUAUGCAGUUCCUUGAUUGUAGGAGUACCACAAAAGCUUCAUGGGAUACUUUCGUGAGGGAUGGUGCAUCAAAUAAUGAUGGAUCAUCUCCACAAAGUCCAAGGCAUUCAAAUGCCAAAAAUGAAAGCAUGCAAGAAAUUAAUCAGACUCUGUUUGCUAAAGGUAGUCGUAUGCAGAGCUAUUUGUGGCAACCAGGCAGUCCAGUUGAUCAUUCUGCAGCUUAUCCAUUCCUAAAGAGCUUGAAGAAAAUGCUAGGUGAAGCAGGAUUAGAGGCUUUGAUUAGUUUUCCUGUUGUGCACUGUCCCCAGGCGUUUGGCAUUGUCUUGGAAGCUGCAGAGCGUGUCAACAGUGUCGGAAAAGUGAUCCCAGGAUGGAAGAUUGUGUACUCCGGUGACACUAGGCCCUGUCCAGAACUGGUAGAUGCAUGUCGUGGAGCAACAGUUCUCAUACACGAGGCAACUUUUGAGGAUGGUUUGGUUGAUGAGGCCAUCGCUAGAAACCACAGCACAACCAAGGAAGCCAUUGAAGUGGGGAACUCCGCUGGUGCUUAUCGCAUCGUCCUAACCCAUUUCAGCCAAAGAUACCCGAAAAUUCCUGUAUUUGAUGAGACACACAUGCACAAGACAUGCAUUGCUUUCGACAUGAUGAGUAUUAACAUAGCAGAUUUGCCAGUGCUUCCCAAAGUUCUUCCAUAUCUUAAAUUGCUUUUCAGAAAUGAGGUAGCAGUUGAUGAGUCGGAUGAUAUCCUAGAUGCUUUGGUGUAAGCUUCUUGACAUAUAAUGAAUUAAUUGUUUUACCAUUUCCAUAUUUCUCUCAUAAUUUAAGAAGACCUUACAUUGUUCA